AUGGCUGGCUCCGCACUGGCGAUGCGUGCGAUGGCAUCACCAUCCAGCUUGUCGCUGGCUGCGAUGUCACGCCGCACCUUCGCCACUGCAUCGCAGACCCUCCGUACUAGCCCUCUGCGUCCCAACGGCCUGCAAUCCAUUUCUCGCGCCGCUCGUCGCGGUUAUGCUGAUGCCGCUGCGCCCGCUUCCGGGCCGGCUCCCAAGCCCAAGAAGCGUUUCCGGGUCCUGCGCUGGGCCUGGCGUUUGACCUGGCUGAGUGCCCUCGCUGUCACCGGCUCUUUGGCUUAUAGCAUCUACGAAUUGCGUCACCCGGAGGAGCAGUAUGAGGCUGAUCCGAAUAAGAAGACCCUGGUCAUCCUUGGUACUGGCUGGGGCUCCGUCUCCCUCUUGAAGAAAUUGGAUACUGAAAACUACAACGUCAUCGUCAUCUCUCCCCGCAACUACUUCCUGUUCACUCCCCUGCUGCCCUCUUGCACUACUGGUCUGAUCGAGCACCGUUCCAUCAUGGAGCCUAUCCGCAACAUUCUCCGCCAGAAGAAAGCUACCGUCAAAUUCUACGAAGCCGAAGCCACCAAGGUCGACUACGAGAAGCGCGUCGUUCUGAUCAGCGACGACUCCGAGAUCAAGGGUGAUAUCUCUCACACGGAGGUUCCUUUCGAUAUGCUAGUGAUCGGUGUUGGUGCCGAAAACGCGACUUUUGGUAUCCCUGGUGUUCGUGAGCACUCGUGCUUCCUGAAGGAAGUUACCGAUGCCCAGAACAUUCGUAAGCGCAUUAUGGAUUGUGUCGAGACCGCCAUGUUCAAGGAUCAGACCGAGGAGGAGGUCAAGCGUCUCCUGCACAUGGUUGUCGUCGGUGGUGGCCCUACCGGUGUCGAAUUCGCCGGUGAACUCAAGGAUUUCUUCAACGAGGAUCUCAAGAAGUGGAUCCCCGAGAUCCAAGACAACUUCCACGUCACUCUCGUCGAGGCUCUCCCCAACGUUUUGCCCAUGUUCUCCAAGCAACUGAUCGAGUAUACCGAGUCUACUUUCAAGGAGGAGGAGAUCACCAUUCGUACCAAGACUAUGGUCAAGAAGGUCACCGACAAAUACAUUGAGGCUGAGGUCACCAACCCCGACGGCAGCAAGACUCUGGAGACUAUCCCCUACGGACUUUUGGUUUGGGCCACUGGUAACGCGGUGCGCCCCGUGGUUCGCGAUCUGAUGGGCCAGAUUCCCGCUCAGAAGGAUUCGCGCCGCGGUCUCGCAGUCAACGAAUACUUGGUCGUGAAUGGCACUGAGAACAUCUGGGCCGUCGGUGACUGCGCCAUUGCCAACUACGCCCCUACUGCCCAGGUUGCCGGUCAGGAAGGUGCUUUCCUGGCCCGCCUCUUCAACACCAUGGCCAAGACCGAUACUCUUGAGAAGGAGCUUCAGGCCCUGUCUCACGAGCAGUCCUUGGCGAAGACCGAUGAGGACCGCAACCGUGUCUUCGACGAGAUCCGUGAGCGCCAGAAGCAGCUCCGCCGCACCAAGCAGAUUGGCCCCUUCCAGUACUCCCACCAGGGCAGUCUCGCUUACAUUGGUAAGGAGCGUGCCGUUGCCGAUAUCAGCUGGCUGAGCGGCAACAUUGCCAGUGGUGGUACUCUGACCUACCUAUUCUGGCGUAGCGCCUACCUGAGCAUGUGUUUCAGCUCCCGCAACCGUGUCCUGGUCGCUCUCGACUGGAUCAAGGCCCGUGUCUUCGGCCGUGACGUUUCCCGCGAGUAA